UCACACAGAAACAGAACAGACCCCUGUUUUUCUAGCUGGGAGAGAACAAGAGGACAAAUGAAGUAAACUACAGAUUUCCCUCAACUGAAACACAUCACAACGCUUUUGAUCUUCAAGUUUUCAACAAUGACUUCUCUUUGUAGGGAAAUUGAUAACCCUACAAAAAGAUUCUCCUCUACCACUCCCUAUUUCUUUAUGAUGAUUCCGAAGGGUGCUUCUAGAUGCAUCAAACUUAGGAUCCCAAAUAAAUUUAUGAUGAAAUGUGGAGAUGAUCUGUCAAAUCCAGUAUUUCUUAACGUUCCAAGUGGUUCAAAAUGGAAAUUGGAACUCAGAAGAUGGGAUGGUGAGGCUUGGUUUGACAAGGGUUGGCCUGAGUUCUUUGAGUUCUACUCUCUGGACAACUGUCACUCGUUAGUUUUUCGAUAUGAAGGGAAUUCUAAAUUCAAAGUUUGCAUAUUUGAUCAAAGUUUCAAACAGAUUGACUAUGCAUUAAAAAUGCCCAAGAUGAAGGAAACCAAUUCUGAUGAUUCUAGUGAUGAUUCUGGUGAUGUUACUGAAAUCUUAGACAAAUCUUUACCCCGCCCCAGAAAAUCAAGGGAGAAAUCUCCGUUGCAGUGUCUUCGGCCUCACAAGAAAGCCAGAACAAGCUCAAGCGCAGGCAAAGUUGAUUUUCCUGCUAAAAGACAUGGUGGAGGCAAGUCUAUCACUGCAAGAUUCCCAAAGCGAACAGAACCGAUUCUUGGGAGGCUGCAUCCAUCGACUACAAGUGGGAAGGCUAUAGCUCUUCAGAGAGCUAAAGCUUUGAAGUCUGACAACUCUUUUUUUAUGGUUUCGAUGGGGCGCACUAAUAUUGAUGGAUAUCGUAUGAGUAUUCCAAAGAAAUUUUUGAGGAAAUAUGGUGAUGAUCUAUCAAAUCCAGUACUUCUUAAGCUUCCAAAUGGUUCAAAAUGGAACGUAGAACUCAGACGAUGGAAGGGUGAGGCUUGGUUUGACAAGGGUUGGGCAGAGUUCUCUGAGUUUUACUCUCUAGAGCAUUGUCACUCCUUAGUUUUUCGAUAUGAAGGGAAUUCCAAAUUUCACAUUUGCAUAUUUGAUAAAAGUUUCGUAGAGAUUGAAUAUCCAUUAACGAUGCCAGAGAUGAAAGAAACUGACGCGGAUGAUGAUUCUAGUGAUGAAUCUGAUGAUGCUUCUCUUGAAAUCUUAGACAAAUUUCCACUAUGCCCAAGAAAAUCAAAGGAGAAAUCUUCGUUGCCAUGUCCACGGCCUCACAAGAAAAAAAGAACAAGUUCAAGUGGCAACAUUGAUUUUCCAGCCAAAAGACAUGAUCAAGGCACGUCUAGCACCCCGAGAUUCCUAAAACGAACACAAGUCGUUCGUGGGAGGAUGCAUCCAUUGACAACAAGUGGAAAAGCUUUAGCUCUUCAGAGAGCAAAAGCAUACAAAUCUGACAAGCCUUCUUUCAUAGUCCCCAUGCAUCGUUCUUAUAUCGGUCGACAUCCAAUGUGGUUGACAUCCGAUUUUUCCAUCCUUAUGGGACAUCUUAGUAAGAAUUCUGCCAACGUUAUCCUGUGGGAUUUGGGUGGGAGAGCUUGGGUUGUUGAAUUUAUAGCAAAACCAAGGGCCAAGUUCCAGUCUGGUUGGCAUGAAUUUGUGCGAGGCAAUAAUUUGAAUAUUGGUGAUGUGUGCGUCUUUGUGUUGAUUGAUGACACUAGACUUGUGUUUGAAGUUGUCAUUUUCCGUGCUGUAGAAGCUGCAAAUUGCACCUUGUCACCAGAUGUUGAUGGGGAAGAAACUGAUGAGGAUGAGGAUUCUGUAGAUAGUUUGGAUGACUUUCCACCAUGCCCUAAAACAAGGAAGAUAUCUCCAAUAGCACCACAGCCUCACAAGAAAAACAGAACAUGUUCAACUAGUAAAACAAAAAAUAUCGAACAUGUUUGUGGCUCAUCUAAGACUCGAAAAUUCGUAAUUCGAAGACCUGAGGUUCCAAGGAGGAUGCAUCCAGUUGCAGCAAGUGGAAAAGAUAGAGCUCUUCUGAGAGCUAAUGCUUACAAAUCUAAAUACCCUUCUUUCACGGCUGCUAUCCAUCCGACAAAUAUAUGUGGAUGUUAUUUGGCUUCGCCAGCCGAGUUUGUCAAGGAACAUCUUAACCAGGCUCAUGAUAAGGCCAUCCUUCGUGUUUCGGAUGAAAGAACUUGGCAUGUCAACUUAUGCAAAUACGGCAGGGCUUUCAGACUCCAGAGAUGGAUGAGAUUUGUGCGAGAAAAUGAUUUAAAAGUAGGUGAUGUGUGUGUGUUUGAGUUGAUUAACAACAUCAAACCUUUAUUUAAUGUUGCCCUUUUCCACGCCAAAUAAGAAAAAUUGAAAGAGUAGCCUGAUGGAUGAAGUAAUUGAGGAAGCUGAAUAUUUCACCAAGAAUACUACCAUGUUGAAUCUGAAAAUAGAAGGCAGAGGAGGCCUGCAGAUACCAAACUUGCUUAUAUAUUUGUCCUCCAUUGUUGUUUUUGAUCACCUUAGAAAGGCACAGAUCUAAGAAUCUCUUUCUUUUGUUUUUGGGAAUUGUAACUUCAUCUUGAAGAUUUACUUUGAAAAGGCAUCAAUGUAGAAGAUCUCUUUACUUUUUUUAAGUCAA